AUGUCUGAGGUGCAAUCAAGGCCGUCUGCCUCGCGUGGGCGCGGCUCAGCGCGUGGUGGACGGGGUGGCCACAUCUCCAGAGGACGGGGCGGCGCCAGGUCGACAGCAAAACCUGCCAGCCAGGAGACCGCUGACCAGACAGCCUCGUAUGAAGACGAAGGAGAGAUCGGCCAACUGAAGAAGAAGCAUGCCGGCAGCCUGUCGACGAUAAAGGAACUCUUCGCUGACUGGACGGAUGAAGACUUGGUUUUCGCUCUGGAGGACGCCAACGGAGACCUAGAGGUUGCCAUUGAGCGCAUCACAGAAGGAACCGUCUCUCAGUGGGGCGAGGUAAAGAAGAAAAGCACUGACCGCACUCGGCAAAAGACCAGCUCCAAGGAUGCCACCCAACCUGUCUCAGGGGAGCAGAAUAUCCCUCCACCUAGAGCAGGACGCGGACGCGGAGGGUUCGACCAGCGUGGCCGUGGCCGUGGUGACCGUGGACGUGCUGGCCGUGGUGGACGAGCUGGUUCUCACGCCGUUCAGCCUUCCCAGACUAAUGGUACGCAUCAGCACUCUACCCCGACCACGGAUGCUUGGGAUUCUAGUGCCGUAGAGCCCUCAGCGCCUGUAGAUGCCCCUACUAUCGAGACAAAACCUCAGCCGGAAUGGAAUACUUCCCAGGAGAUUCCUAAGACCGCGGUAGACCAAUCUCAGAAGACUAGUUUGAUCCCUGAAGGUUCCAAGAGAGGAUGGGCCAGUCUGUUCGCAAAGCCAGCUCCCGAGCCCGUCAAGGAACCCCCAUUGCCUACUGCCCCAAGUGCCCCGGAAAAGCCAGCCGAAGCUCCUGUCGAGCUCAGUAUUCCUGAAACUCCCGCCGCCGUCCCUGAACCAGAACCUCUCCCUACUGAAGAACAAGAAGAACAGCAGCCCGAACAACAGCCGCCUCCACCACCACAGCCAGUUUCCAAACCCGUCGAACAGCCUAAACCCGUCAUACCACAGCAACCACCACCUCCAUCUGUAUCUGUCCCUGUCGAACCUGAAACCCCCGCUCAACCUGACACUGAAGCUCUUACUGACAUCGAAAAGGAAUCUGUCCCACAACAGAAGCAACAACCUCAAGCUCGCACUCCCGCUACCUCUUAUGCCUAUCCCAAGGGCCCCGCUACCGGCUCCGCACGGGGACCAAACUUUCAGCGCCGGGUUAUGGAUCAGCAAGAAGCUGUUGUCAUGCCUGGAAACCUUGCAGUCGACCGUGCUGCUGUCCAAUUCGGCAGCAUGGGACUGAACGGAUCCGUUGAUGAUGUUAACAUUGAUGAAGAAAGAGAAGAACCAGAAACCCGCCCUCAGCCUCCCCAACAUUCCCCCGUCGCCCCCCGUGCCUCUCUUCCGCCUUCUACCAGACCCAUGGCCGUACCUGAACCCACCGCCACUGCCCCUCGACCUGCCCCCGGCCUUCCUCCAGCCCCUGUAGCCUCUGCUGACACCCCAUUCAACGACUUCUCUCGGUACGGCGAGACCCAGAAGCAAUACGAUAUAUUCAACCAAGCCGAUCAACAAGCCCAGCCACAGAGCCAAGAACCCUUCUCCAACCAGGGCAUGCCUUCUCAGCCUGCUGCUGUCACAACCGCUGCCGAUUACUCUACCUUCUACGGUGCUGACCAAUCUCGCAACCCAUACUACUACAGCUCAUAUGGCCAGCCUCAGGACCCCGCCGCCAACCAGCGUGCUGCAGCUGGGUUUGCAGCAAGCGGAGCGGAAUCACAACCUCAAGUGCCUGCCUCUCAGCCUCCAGGCCGGUACGCCCAUGCUGAAGCUCCAAACAGCGGCCAAAACACCCCUCAACCUGUCGUCCCGGGCCAAGUGCAGUCUGCCCAGCAGCCUUCACACCACAUGCCUCAGACACAGGGAGCACACGCUGGAUUCAACUACGGAUACCCCUACUACUCUAACCCUCACUACCCGAACGCAUAUAUGAACCAGAUGACCCAGCAUCAGCAGCAUCAGUAUGGCCGUAACCGCCCUAUGUAUGAUGAUGCUCGCCGAUAUGAGGAACAGCAGCAGCAGCAGCAGCAGCAACAACAGCACUACCUCCCUCAUCAAUCUCAGUUUGCUUACGGUAACCAAUACGCCCCUUAUGGCAAGGGUGGGAUGUAUAACCAACAGCCUCAACAACACGGAUUUGGCUAUGAGUCUUCCCCUGCCAACACUGCAGCCUUCAACCAGUCCGCUCCCCAACGUGACUCUGCUACCUAUGGGCGAGCCGGUUCCGCUCAACCCGCCGAUGGACAGCAACAGCAGUCUACCGGCGCCAAUGCUUUCGGCGGCAUUCCCGAUGUUUUUGGUCGAACCCAGUCGGGAUUUGGCCAGAACCAACCUAUCCCGUCGCAACAGCCCACCAAUGCCGACGAGACAGGCAGCGCUAAAGCGUAUGAUUCCUCAAAAGCCGGCGGUCCCUCUCCAUCUGUAUCGCAUGUCAACCGUCCUGGCUCCGCAGCUAAUAAUGCACCACACCAGCCUGCUACUACGGGACAAAGUGGUCUUCCACCUGUCCCCGCUGCUCAGCAAGCCAACCAGCAAGCUUUUGGUGGCUACCCUCACCUUAACCAGCAAUAUAGCGGUUUAGGAGGCCUGGGCGCUCAUCAGGCCGGCACUACGCAAUCCCACCAUCAGGCAACGGCAUACAACAACUACGGCGCUGGAUUUGGCAGCAACUACUAUGGUAACAACGGCCGCGGUGGUGGCUGGGGCGGAAACUACGGCCACUAA